CCGCUCAGUGACUCAAGGGUGGUCUCGUACCAAUACAACUUCAUCAGUCGUAACCUUCCCACCUGGAGAACAGGGCUAAUAAAUAUGGAUAUACUCAGAUAUACCCCGGAGAACUAUCCGCUCCUGACAGAAUCUCAGUUACAAUUCUCCAGUUUAACCAGGGACCCGGAGAAAACCGUGAUGUUGCUUGAACCUGAAUCCCUUGUUAAAUUGGAAACUCUUCUAACAGCAAUAAUCUUCAUCCUUGGUCUUCUUGCCAUUCUUCUCGUCUUCUUUGCAAUAAUGCUCACCAGACUUUGGAGACGAACAGGAUGUAAACAUGCAGAGUCCCCCCUGCACCCCUGCAGGGUAGGAGGGGGGCAGGCUUCCAAUCAUCAGCUGGCAGAUGGUGUCUUCUCUAUCUCUAACCAGGGUUGCAUAAAUAACCCUGUUUGCUGGGCGGGACUACCUACUCCUCCCCCUGUUUAUACAGUACCCAACCUUCCUUACUCUACCACUAUACCCGGAGCCAGACUGUUACCUCACCCCACCUGGAGUUCGUCUGGAGAACCGAACCAGGACUACACUUCAAAUAUUUUCAGAAGGAUUGAGGGUUCGGAGAUAUUAUCAGGAGAACCCAUCUACCAGGAGAUAUCAGAAAAACCUUUUAUUUCCGUCCUUUCACGGAGACACGGAAAUAAUUUUUCAUUUAACAAUCAAGAGAAGGACAUAGAGAAAAAAAAUGAAGAAUUAAGGAUGAAAAACGAAAGUAAAAUUAUAUCAGACGAAGAUAACGUUAAAAAUGACGAAGAUAGUGUGAUCAAAAACGAAAACAUCGUUAAAAAGAACGAUGAAAGAGAACAGAAGGAGGAUAGAAUAAAAUCGAGUGUUGUUUAUGGAGUGAUAACAGCUAAACAGGUUGCAAAGUAUAUUCCUUGCUCACAAACUAGUAUAGUUAGAUAUCAGUAGUUUAUACAAAUAUAUCCUUUCAAUUAUAAUUAUUUAAGAAUCACCCUGUACCAAAGUUAAAUAAAUAUAUUUAU